AAGAAGCAACGCGGGCUAGAAGUACAGACAAAAGAAGACGAGAGUCAUCCUGUGCCAUGUUGGCUGAAGGUUUUCUGAGAAUCCUGCGUUACAGGGAGGAGAGAAAGUUUGCCUCUGCUUCUAAGCAGCACAAAACACAGGCACACGCUCACCAUACAGAUCCGUUAAACAGUGCUCUCUCAAACUCUACAGACGUGUGGACAGAUUCAGCCGAAGCAGGUCCAAAACAGGAAGAGCUAGACUGUACCCAUGCCCGUGGAUUGAGAGUGCUGCCUCAGGGUGCUACAGGCCUCUCAAUCCCUGGCUGUUCACCUGUGCUCGCCCUGGACUCUGACUUUGCACUCUGCUUAGACAGUUGUAGCCUCUUGGAUCAGUAUCCAGACCUGCAGGUGGCUGACUCAGGCCUCUUCUACCACAACCCACUGAGAGCUGCCAUGACCCAGCGUAGGUCGCAUACUCUGCCUAAUGCCCCUGAGUUUUGUGCAGCCCAACAGGAGAUGCAAGGUGAGCCUCUUUUAUCAAUACCAGACCAAGGUUAUCUGGUUAUGGGGGCCAGUGUGAAUGUCAGCCUGGAUCUGCCCGGCUCAGGGUUGGAGCCCAUGUCUAACUCGGUGCUGAAUGGGCUGCUGGACAAACAGCUGGAGGAGGUGUACCUGCAGCAUCUGACUGAAAACUUGGCUAGAUGCAGCUCUAACAUAGGGAACAGCCUCUUGCACGGUCUGGUGCCGCCACCACAGCCGAGCAGCGAACCACGGGGUCCAGACUCACUAGAGGCCGGUCUGGAGGAAGGGUCUGGAGAGGACAGUGACAGGAAGAUUAGCUAUCUGAGCACCCAGAACUUACCUCCCUGCUCAUCCAACUUCAGCUCCCCUGUGCUGCGAAUUUCAGAGGCUGAAAGUACUCAUCUGCAGUGAAGCAUGAGGGCAAAAACCCAGAAAAAGUAUUAAAUAUGGAA